AAACAACUCAAUUGAAUGCAGAUUACCGUAACCCUUGAAGAAGAAGAUUCUCUUGUGUUACCAAACAGCCACUGUGUCUUUAUGUCAUUUAAAUCCAACUUCAGCUGAAGGUUGAAAGAAGAGAAGAAGAAGAAGCAGCUAACCGRCUGCGGACAAAAUGCUAUCUCGCAUGUUAGCGUAUCUCGUCAAUAACCUCCAGGUUAUUGAGAAGUUGGCGGAGUCCCGUCCGAUCCGGAGGGCGGCUCAGCUYACGGCGUACGCCCUCACMAAGGCUCAGAUCGUCGGCCGGGACACGUCGGAGCGAGUCAUGCGGUCCCAGACGCUGCGGCAGGUCCGACAGGAAGCCGGCAGAGUCCCCGGCGACCUGGAGGAGGCGAGCAACCGCCUGCGGAGAGUCCGGGAGACGUUCGUGAAGGAGGUGAAGGACGGAUGGAAAGAUGGCUCCAGGCGGAUCAAGAAGUAG